AUGACUAUCGGAGACGAGAAUGUGUACGAAAACUUCGACUAUUCUCUGAAUGCACAAAAACUGAUGAACAUCAGAGACUCUGACUUGGAAAAUUUGUUGAAAUCAUACAAUAUUAAUCAAAAAACAUUGGAUGAAAUGGUCGCAAGUAUUCACGAAUGGUAUGAAAAGCAGCCACAUUUACCACAAGGACAAAUACAUGACCGAAUGAUCAUAGGUCACCUCAUGACCCGAGGAUUCAGCGUGGAACAAUGCAAGGAGAAGAUUGACAACUACUUCUCAGCCAGGUCUAAGAUGCCUGACGUCUUGCUGGGGAGGAGUCCUUGGUCUCCAAACACGGAGAGGUUCCUGAAGGAGGGGUACUGGAUCAUCCCUCCGAUGAAAACUAAAGAGAAUCAUCGGGUUAUUUUGUUCAGAAUCGUGAACCCAGAUAUGGUUGUUCUAGAUGUGGCCAAAAUAGGGUUCCUGAUGGGAGACUAUAGGCUAUUUAAUGACGUCACACAUGGAGACCAUUGGAUCUUGGACUUCAGUAAUGCAACCCUGAAUCAUGCACUACAGUUUACACCCAUGUUGAUAUCUAAAAUUUAUUAUUUUGUUACGUCGUGUCACGCGAUCAAGAUCAAAGGCAUACAUCUAGUCAACGUACCGGUCUUCGGUCACUCAAUCUUGGCCCUUGCCAAGAAGAUAAUGAAGCCCAAACAUGCAGAGAGAUUGCACCUCUAUGAAGGAUUUGAGAAGAUUUUCAAUGUGUUACCUAGGGACAUAUUUCCAAAUGAUAUUGGUGGGACUGCUAAUACUACUGUCCAGGAGUUAUCGGACGCAUGGUAUGAAACCCUCCAAUCAGAAUCAUGGAAGCGAUUCUUCGCGAAUCAGGACAAGAACUUCUUCGUGGACGAAUCAAAAAGGAUAACACCAUCAAAAAUCACAGACGAAUUUGGUGUAGAGGGAACCUUCAGAAAAUUAGAAUUAGAUUAA